GGGAAGCUCGGCGAAGAGCUCAACAACUUUCAAGCGAAGAGGAAGAUUGGUCAUCAUCACCGGCAUCAUCGUUAUCGACUUCGACGUCGCAAUCUUCGGGGCCUCGACCUUAUCAGCUGCCAACUCAGACACGUGGCGGCAAAGUGGCAGUGGACUAUUGGUGAGGGGCCGUGUGGCAUCUGUCGUGAACCGUUCGAAGCGUGCUGUGUUUCAUGCAAAACACCUGGCGAUGAAUGUCCACUUAAAGCGAGCCGUCCACAGUGCCCGCUGUGCCGACAGGAUUGGGAGUUUGCUCCAAUGAAUCCUCCGAAUGAGUAGCA